AUGAGCCCAAGAACGUCGGUUCAACAUCGCCGAUCAGCGAAAAAUCACCAAGGAAAUUGCAUUCAUGAUAUAGACCAACAAAGUGACCCACUUCAAUCUCAAGACAGCAACUACUCUCGUGCUCUCCGUAAACGAUCGCCAAAAGCCGAAAAAACAGGCAAAAAGAAAAAAGAGACGACAUCUGAGCAAUUGUUCCGUCUCUAUGUCGACAAGAAUGGUGUAAUGCAAAAUGGACGAGUGUUGAGACAAGUGAUGAUAAGCACCAGUACCCAAAACUAUCAGAUUUUUGUCCCUGACCAACCUCCGAAAAAAUGCACAUCCGUAACUAGAAACAGUACUGACGUGAAAAAGGAAGGCAAGCCUAUUUGGGCGCCGUCAGCGGAGAUGCGGAAUUCGGAAAAGGACGAUGUUCGAAAUGUGUACUUGAAAACUUUGUGGAGACAGUAUCGGGGUCAUGUGAAGAUUGACGACGCAUUCAGACACUUGAUGGAUAACGAAUAUGAUCUUGUGAAGACGUUCCGAAAUAUUGAUCAACUUUUGAGAACGCUUCCAGAACCUUCCGAAGGUAUUACCGGUGUCCAAGUCGACUAUUUUCGACCGCUGAUGAAGGAUCAGAAGGCGUUGGGUGAUGUGAAGGCGAAGAAGAAUGGCCGCCGCUACAGCCCAGCCGACCUUGCCGUGUUCUAUCACCUCCUGAAGAAUCGAGACACAAAUAUCGAUUUUCCAAACGACUGGAAUAACAAAGAUCCAAUGGUUCAACCCGUGGAAUUUGAGCAAAGAUGGUCAUGCUCGAACUGCAUGAAGCGAUUUCGGAAUUUUCAAAACCGACGGCUAUGUCUCAUUUGUAUAACAUAUGAAGAGCUGACAGGCGGUGAGGAGUUUCCAGCAGACGACGUGCAUUUGUACAAAGAAGAGCAGAGGAAAUUGGAUGAAUGGAAUCGGAUUGAAGAGGAGAAGGAGAUCAAAUUGACACGAGAGGAAAUGGAUCGAUAUUUUGUGAAAAGAGAGGAGAGAAAGUUGAAAAGAUGGAGAAGAGGAGAGCUGUAUGGGGUGGAAUGGGAGCAUUUGAGAAAGUAUUAUAUCAUGGAUGGCCGGAAGAUUCCACUGGAGAAGCUGGAAGGCAAUCGGUUGGCGCAGUUGCUCAGGAAAACAGAAUUGCCCAAGUUGGAAGGGCCUACAGAGGAGGAGGAGGAUGCGUGGAUGGACCCGAUAGAAGAUUCUACAAGGUCGUCAGAAUCCGGAGAGUCGGAAGCCACGUCAUCAGCAUCUAAGGCAAACUUGAAGAAGCCUGAGGAUCCCAAAGAGUCGAAAAAAGUGUCAAAAAAGCCAUUAUCGGAUCUCAAAGAGUCGAAAAAAGGUCCAAUGGAAAAGUCUAAAAACCAAAUAAAGCCAUCAUCGAAUCCCAAAGAGUCGUUAGAAGGUUCGAGAAAGAGCAAAAAGUCAUCAGAUUCGAUUUCGUCCUCUGAAUCGUCUGAAGAAAAUGAAUCGAAUUCUAGAAAAAGAAAAAAUGAAUCGAAAAGCGAGGCAAAACAGAAGAAGAGGCGAUAG